CACCAACUAUAAUUAUCAUCUAGUUUAUGACAAUAAUAAUUUUUGUGUAUUGUCAUUUACUGGAUUUCCUCAGACACAACCUUUAUCUGGAAUAUUGUGGGUCUGUGGUUCAGGCCCUGAUAUAGUAGUUAUGGAAAAAAAUGUUUCUUCCUUACUCUAUGUGGUUAUAUGAUUUAUGACUUACGUUCUGCAAUUAAUAUCUUGUGUUUUGUCUUACAUCUGUUUUAUGUAUUUGACAUUUCACCUAGAUUGUUCAAUGGUUGUCUCUGCUUGAUGGACUCUAGCUUCAGACUCAGACGCCGUAGUCAGAUGAUGCAGGUGUGAGAAUGUAAACAUCACACACACGGCAACAGGGAUGAGGUGGUGCAUGCAAUUUAAUUAGGCUAGACAAAUAUUCCACCGUAGUCAGACAGAGGGGUUAAAAGGCGAAAGCAACUUGAGGAUUUCGGGCUCUUGGCAUGACAACUUCGUGGUGUAUGUACUGAUCUCCCCAGCUGGUUUUUGGUUUGUUGAUGUGCACUGUCAACAUCCAUGUUUUUUAUUUGCUUUCCCAAUUGCUUUUAAUUUCCUUAUUUUUUUAAAUAAAUCACACAAAAGACAACUCCCUCGUCAAGCCUCUUUAUGGAAAAAAUCCAUCACAUAGUCAAGCAGUAAAUAUUGUUUUUUUUACACAGUUAAAUGGCUUUAUUAAAAAAUGUAAAAUUAACCAAAAUUUUUAUUAGGUUAGUAAAAUAUUUUCAGUCCAGUUUUAAAUGUACAUAACAUGGACAGAUCAUAAUUUGAUAUGGUUGUAAACAUUAAUGCAGUCUCUGGUGGCAGAUAAAAUGUCUUUUUAUUUUAUAUAACCACACUAUUCACCUUUAAAAUAAGUGCUGUGCUUGUUGUGGUGCUCUUUACAUUAGCUUCUCUGCACUGGCUGCCUGUAAAAUGUAGGAUAAAUUUUAAAAUUCUCCUACUCACCUACAAAGUACUCAAUGAUAAAGCUCCUUCUUAUCUUAAAGACCUCAUAGUUCCUUAUGCUCACAGCAGAACGCUUUGUUCUCAGAGCCCUGGGCUACUUGUGGUUCCUAGAGUCUUUAAAUGUAGAACAGAAGACAGGGCUUUUAGCUACAAAGCUCCUCUCCUCUGGAACCAGCUCCCUCUUCAGGUUCGAGAAGCUGACACACUCUCCACCUUUAGGAUUAGGCUUAAAACCUUCCUUUUUGAUAAAGCUUAUAGUUAGAGAUGGUUCAGGUCACUGGCAAUUAUUGUUAGUCACAGGAACCAUCUCUUAGUUAAGCUGCAAUAGACAUAGACUGCUGGGGGACUUAAUUUAUACACUGAGCUCCUCUGUUUCCUUCUACCUCCUCUGUCCAAUAACCUCCCAUCAUUGUCCCAUGUUUAACUAACCUUGUCUCUUUCUCUCCAGUAGUUGUGCUUCUCUCCUCUCUCUCUCUCUCUCCCUCUCUGUCCUCACCUACAGGUAUCAUUGGACUCAAAGUUUGGUGUCUGUGAUGGGCAGCUGCGGAUCCAACCAUCCUGCCUGCAUCCAGUCCCUGGUCCUACCAUCCUGCCUGUGCUCUGUUGUUGCUUGUUGUUGCUUGUUGCUGUUGCUGUGCUUUUCUCUCUCUCUAUCCUCUCACCCCAACCGGUCGAGGCACAUGGCCGCCCACAUCCAGCCUGGUUCUGCUGGAGGUUUCUUCCUCGUUAGAGAGGGAGUUUUUCCUCUCCACUGUUGCUGUCAAUUAAAUGCUUGCUGUAUGUGGGAUUUGUUGGGUUUAGUUGUGUGAGGUUUUAAACCUUACUUUGUAAAGUGCCUUGAAAUAACUUUGUUGUGAUUUGGCGCUAUAUAAAUAAAAUUGAAUUGAAUUGAAUUGAAAAUUGAAUUCCCUCUGUCUGUCCCCUCACCCCAAACCAGGGGUCUGUAACCCUGGUCCUGGAGAGUCACUGUCCUGCUAGUUUUCCAACUCUCCCUGCCCCAGCUGAUACUGAGCAUCCACCAGGUGUUUAUCCAAGCAGCAGCUAACUGACACCUGAACAAGGUAAUCAGCAGAAAGACUUGGAAAAACAGCAGGACACUGGCUCUCAAGGACCAGGGUUGCAGACCCCUGCUCCAGCAAAUCCAGGUGGGUGGCCAUCUACCUCUACCAUGUGCUGGAGUUUAGAGAGGGAGUUUUUCCUCUCCACUGUUGCUGUGAAAUUAUAAUUACAAUUAAAGGUGUAUAUUGCUGUAUGUGGGAUUUGCUGUAUUUAGUAGCGUAUGGUCUUAAACCUUACCUUGUAAAGUGCCUUGAGAUAACUUUGUUGUGAUUUAGUAAUAUAUAAAUAAAAUUGAAUUGAAUGGAAUUGGAGAUUUCUGAGGAAAGUUUUGCAUAAAACCGAUCGGUUCUGAACAGUUCCGAUCGGUUUUAUAAAGCCUCCCUCCGUCAUGUCUGCAGACAGGUUGUCGAUAAAAAAUAAUCCAGAUUUCAGCUGUUUCUGUUUCCUAAUCGAUAUAUCAUACAUUACUGUCAGUAAUUCAGAUAAAACAACAAACAAACAGAGAUGUGACGUAAUUUUGAACAAGUAAGCUUUCCUAUACUCCUUGUUUUGUUUUAAUCUCUGUCCUGUAUAGACCGGAAGCCUGUUUUGUGUGGCGUCACUUCCGGCCAGUGAGACUGCGCUCGAUGUCAGGCGAUGGACGCUCAAAAGGAAGCUCUACGCAGGAUCAUCAGCACAUUGGCCAAUAAAAAUGAAGAACUUCAAAACUUCCUGGGAACUGUUGAUAGGACAAUAAUAGGACUUCAGGAUGAGUCAUGUAAGGUGACGUCAGAGUUGGAGUUGGAGAUGGAAAAGCUAAGCUCUGCCCUGGAGGAGAAGGGGGUGGAGCUACGCGAAGCUAUCGUAGAAGAAACACAGCGUAAGAAGCUGGAGCUGCAGAAGCAGCUGUCGGAUGGAAAAUUUGCUUUAUUGUCUUGUGAAGAACUCCUUGAGUUUGCAAAUCAAACACUGAGCAUCAGUAAUGAAGAAGAAUUCCUGAAGGCAGCAAAAGAAAUUAAAGAGAGAGUAACUAUGGCUCCAGCUUUUAGACUGACAACUCGUCCAGCGGUGUCUGAGAGCAUGGCAAAGUAUUCUGUGGAUUUCAGCAUGGAGAGGUCAGCACUACAGAGACUUCACUUCUUGUUAGUUCCCAAAGCUCCAGAGAUUGACAUUUCCAGCUGCAUUGUCUGUGACAACAUAAUCUCUUUUACUUGGCAACCAUCUAAUGAUGCAGCCUGUGCCACCAGUCGGCCAACUGAAUGCUAUGAUGUUGAAUACCAGAAAACUGAUGUCAAUGGCUGGCAGAAACCUGCAGGUGAAACCCCAUGGGAAAAAAUUUGUGACAUCACAGAUACAAAGGUCACCAUUUCAGGUCUGAAAUUUGAUACUUGUUUUACGGUUGUCCGGGUUCGAGCAAAGAACAAAAUGGCUGCUGGAGAGUUUUCUGAACCUGUCACCAUAGAAACCAGAGCAUAUAACUUCAGCUUUGAUGCGACAACGGCACAUGUUGAUUUGAAGGUUCAAGGUGACACAGUGACUUGGGAGCCUCAAGGAGUUAAAAGUCAUGACCCCCGAUUGAAAGGGAAGGAGAAUAAAAGCAGCAGCAGAAGUGCCACACCAUCUCCAAACAAGACGGCAGCAAUUCGAGCUGGACGUGACCGGUUCAGUGGGGAGUCGUACACAGUACUGGGUGACCAGGAUAUGAUUGGUGGAUGUCAUUACUGGGAAGUCCGCCCCCUGGCUGACUGGAAGUCUUUAACUGUGGGAGUAGCUUAUCGGGCCAGCCUUGGCCGCUUUGAUCAAUUAGGGAAGAGUUCUGGUUCGUGGUGUUUGCAUGCCAGCCAAUGGCUGCAGAGCUCACUUGCCGCAAAGCACAACAAUCGAUCUAAAGCACUUGACUUUUUGAUUCCUCAGCGAAUUGGAAUCUGCUGUGACUAUGAUAAUGGUGAUUUACUGUUUAUUGACAUUGACCGUCUUCGUCUUCUUCACUCUUUCAAAGCAAAGUUUAACCAGCCGCUUGUACCUGCCUUCACUGUUUGGUACGGUGGUGUCUCCAUAGCGACAGGUCUACAGGUUCCAAGCUUCAUGGAGAACUUCCUGUCAAGGACGCAAAGCUUGACUAACCUAUUGCAAUAAACCUACAUUUUGAUGAAUUGUGUAAUUAAUUAAAUUCUAUUAGCAAUAGUUGUAUUUAUUACAUUUUUGUUUAAUAUUACUGUCACAUAGUUGUGAACUUGAAAUAUGAAGGUAAUUGUAAGAUGUUAUAUAUAGAUUAUAUUUAGGCACUUUGUGGAAUUCACACCUAUACUUUGAGUAAAUUGAUAUAGAAGUAAUCUUUGACCUAUGCUUUGAUUGAGUUUCUGUUUUAUUUGACUAAAUUGCAGUUGAUAUUUAUUUUGACCAUGUAAAGCAUGAAAGAUUCAUUUAGCAUAUAAUUACCAAUAUGUUCACAGACCAUCUGACUCAGAUGGUCUGUGUCUGUGUAGAUGAACAAAAUCUGUGACUGGCACAGAGUUUAUAGCAGCUAGUUUUGUGUGUGAUGUGAUUUUGAUUUGCUGUGAUGUCAUCAAUACACAGUCGACAAUAAUUUCAGAGUGUGUGGUUGCAGUCUUUGGAACAAGGUACUGUAGUGGCUCUACAUCUACUGCAGAACCUUGGGCAAUAUCAAGAAAUUAAUGUAACCUUAUGUCAGAUUUGAUAGUUAUUUUGGAUUAUCUGCAUGAUGUUUUACAGAACCAAAUUGUCUUUUGCUUACUGUAAAUCAUUUUAAUUGAAUUCAAUGGAAUAACGAAAGUGAGUGUUUUACAAAUGGGAAUUAUUGAACUUUUAAAAAAGAAAACUUUCUUCUCCAGUUUACUUAUGAAGUUAAUGUUAUGCUUGUCUUUUGAGAUCCCUAAAGAAUGUGCAGAUCUUUCAGCCGUUAUAGACCUAGUACAGUAUAUGACCCUGUGUGUCUUGGGACUAAUUUUUACUUACGUGUGUAUGUUUCUUUUUAAAAUGAAAGGUUCUGAGUGUGUUGAGUUUAAUUUCAUCAAUUGUGGACAAUUUCACAUGGAUGUUUAACUAUGAACAUACCAUCAUCUAUGAAAACUGAACAACUGACACUUCAUCUGUAUCCAACAUCAGAGGGAGGUAUUUCAACUCUAAAUGGCUUUUAUUGUAUUUUUUUAUAGUGCUCCAUGUGAUGUUAGUCUAAAAAACUUCUUUUGUUUCAGCUUUUUUGCUAAAUGUAAAAAUGAGAUGUUUCUUUGUAGGUUUCAUUAAGAAUUAGGGUGUGAAAAGUUCUGCUUACCACAUCCUCCUUCUGUGGUGUGACGGCUGAUUUCGUUGUUGAUGUGUUCUCGACCCACAGCAAAUGUUCUACUACUGUGGUUGUGUUAUUUUGUAAAAGAAAGUCAUGAUAGUGUUUCCUUGACAGGGCAUUUAGGAGAAACAAGCGCUCACAUACCCACUCUCCCAUGCUAUUAUGCUUAGUAGGAGCCUGUGCAGGGAGAGGUGGAAAACCAUCAGUUUGACACCCCUGCUUUAAAUGAGUACAUGAAUGAAGACAAAGAAAAUAUGUGAUUAUGUUAAGUGACUGUGGGUGCUACAAUAAGCCAAUAAAAGGUUGUAAAAAUGUAAACCAAGAAUUCUACUAAUUUCAACUGAAAUGUUUUAAGAGGUCCGAAAUUAAAUUUGAUGUGACUGCAUGUGAGCGUGCUGAACUAUGAAA